AUGGUAACAGAUAUUUUUCUACAGAUAGGCCUAGGUCUCAUCACUGUCUUCAUGUACCUCUGGAUGCACAAUCUCCCCCAACAAGCUUUCUCCAAGCUUCUCGCUCGCCGCAAUCACUCCGCCAACGAAGCCAAGCGCCACUUCGUCAAAGGAGCUCAGCUUUUAGGCGAAGCCAAAUCCCGAUCCGCCAUCGAUAACUCCGCCGCAGCUUCCCUCGCCAAGUCCGCCGCCGACGAAGCCGACAAAGCCAUCGCGAUCGACCCCAAGGAUGCCGCGGCUCACAUCCUCAAAGCCCUGGCUCUGGAUCUGCAGGGAUUUAGGACAUCGGCUCUCGACGCACUAGACGUGGCGCUGUCGCCGAUGGCGGCGAAGUCGCUGUCGGCGGAGGAGAGAUCGGACGCGCUGAUCAAGAGGGCGGAGUUGAAGGUGGGGAUGAGUCAGAGCGAGCGAGUUGACUCGGCGAUUGCGGACCUGGUUGAGUCGGUGAAAUUGAAGAGUGAGAAUGCAAUUGCGCAGUGUGUGUUGGGGGAGUGUUAUGAGAAGAAAGGGAUGGUGGAGGAAGCGAGGAAGGCUUAUGAGGAGGCUAUUAGGGUCCAGCCCAGGGCCAAUGUGGCUCGAGAAGCGCUCCAGCGAUUGACUUCUAAAUAG